AAAUGAGCUCUGAAGUGGUCUGCAGGCCAGGGCUUGUGUGAGGUUAGCUCUGGGGCCGUAACGAGUCCUUGUUUCAAAGCCUCGGUGUCUUCCUUACAGGGGACGCGAGUUCCCUUUCCUAAAAGGAGAGUUCAGAGGGAACUUCGCAAGCUGAAGGGCAGACUGCUUUCAGACGUCUCUCCUCCGCCUCUUGCGCGCGGUCCUGGUUUAACUGCACACAACGAGUGCGGAGUUCGGCCCGUUAUUUACUGCAGAGCGGUGAACGUACGAUCGGCGCUUCCAGCAGCUGGUGGGGGCGCCUACCGCGUGAAACGCCUUUGAGGCCAUCGGACGCAAUGGAGCGUGAGCCAAGUCUCAGGGCCCCGGAUACAUACUGCUCUUAAGGAACCAACGGGACGGGGAGGGCAGCUUCCUUCAGUGUUUGAACGCCGUUUAAGCUCCAGGGAGUUGACCGCGUUUGGAAACCCUCGCUGCCCGGCCGUCCUGCGAGGAGGGGGCAGAUGGGCGCUGCUUCCGCCGCGCGUCUCCUGGCGGAAGAUGCGCUGAAGCAGGAGCGUCGGCAGACCAUGGCUGGCUGCGACCUUUGCCUGGGCUCUCGUGGAGGCCCGCGCGCGACCGCGUUACCAUGGUGACGCUCUUAACCAAAACUCGGGAAAACAAAGGUGCUGACUCCGUAACAUGCAGGACUGAGCUGCACACUCCAAAGAUGAGUCAAGGACCUACCCUCUUCUCUUGUGGAAUUAUGGAAAAUGACAGAUUGAGAGAUCUCAGCAGGAAGUCUCCACUUCAGAUUGAGCAGCCGAGCACCAACAUCUGGGACUGCCUGUCCGAUAAAAGCGAGGAAGGCUCUAUCUGGCAAAGGGAGGCAGUGAACACGUGCUCAGUGACCAACUUGAUCAAGGACCUCAGUCUCAGCGACCACAACGGCAACCCAUCAGCACCCCCCAGCAAGCGCCAGUGUAGGUCACUCUCUUUUUCAGAUGAAAUGUCUAGCUGCAGGACGUCAUGGAGACCUCUAGGGUCAAAGGUUUGGACUCCGGUAGAAAAACGGCGGUGUUACAGUGGAGGAAGCGUACAGCGCUACUCUAAUGGCUUUACCACCAUGCAGAGGAGUUCAAGUUUUAGCCUACCUUCAAGGUCAAACACACUGUCCUCGUCCUACGACCAUUCUGGAUUUAGUAGCAGAUUGGGGUGUCAGCCAAGCCAAGGGAUGAGGAAGUCGGCUACCUAUGGACAUGGAGGCGACAUCUGGGGUCACGAUCAUGGCUUGGGAGAGGGUGGCAGAGUCGACAUGCAGCGGUCCCUCUCCUGCUCCCAUGAUCCCUUCUCCUCCUCAGAGUACUGUCCGCCCUCAGCCAACAGCACACCUGCCUCAACGCCAGAGCUGAUGAGACGCUCCCACGGGCUCUCCCGGAGCCGAUCUCAGCCGUGUGUCCUUAAUGACAAAAAGGUUGGAGUCAAGCGGCGAAGGCCUGAGGAGGUUCAGGAGCAAAGGCCUUCACUGGACCUCGCCAAGAUGACCCAGUCCUGCAUGGAGCGAGCCCAGAGGAAGUCGCCAGUGAAGUACCUCCAGGUUUCCAGGGCUGAAACUGAGCCAGGUUUGGGUCUCCACCAGCAGCAGAGCAAGCACAGGUAGGUCCUGUGGAAAAUCCUAACGCGGGAUUGUGCAGCUGGAGGGCGGGACUGUAGCUCUGCAUGAAUUAUAUAAGGAGAGUGAGAAACAGCAAAGCUGACAUCCAUGCAUGGGCCAGAGUUUUAUUGCUUUUUCAGUUCAGUUAUGGAAAGCAGCCCUGGCAGGCUUUGUGCUAACGUACAGGGUGUCUCUGUGGGAGGACUGGCACGGAGGAUGGAGCAAGAUUAGGCAAGUUAUGGAGAGCAUUCUUGCCUUUGGUGGAGUUAUUUUCAUGGGUGCAGGGCAUUGAGAUUCGGUAGGCGAGCAGAACAGAGCCCUCAAAAGUGAAGGAAACACAAUAAAAAUGAACUAACGCCUCUUGGACAGUAGGAGACAGUGGGUAAGUCUGCUGAAGAGAAGCCUGCAGAUUUAGUUUUUCCCUUUGGCUGCUUUUAAUGGCUCUCUAGGAAUGAGACUGAAAAUUUAGGUGGUUUCAGAUGAAGGACUGAAAUAACGGCAAGGUGUCUGUGCUAUUGCAUGUUUCCUCUCAUCUAGCCUCUGGUUUAAAUAAAUGUAUAAACGGCUUAUAUGGAAUGAUAUUCAUGAUUCUUAGGAGAGAAAACUAAAAGAAGUUGGCUGAAAAAUGAACAAAACGCUACCAGAGGUGCUCUAGUUGCAAGAAGAGGGCUGGCUGGUCGCAGGUAGGUCGGCUGCAGCACGUACACGCAAGCUUGCCGCUUAAAGCAAGGCAAAGAGAUCCUCCACAGACCAGCCAAGCAGAGAAAAAAGCCCAAGCUGUCCGCCUUACAGACUUCUGCCCAGAGCUCUGAAAUGAUGCUAGUUACUGUGGCCUUGUUAAUAAAUAGCAACCAUCUGUCCAUUUUAAUGUGGGGAGGCAAAUAAGCACCAAAGCAUUGUUGGUGGAAGUGGAAUAACCUGAGAGCAGUUCUAGGAAUCACAUGGGUUUGCAGCCGUUUUUUCCCUGUAGAGGUUAUGAAGAAUGCAGAAGUUUAACAGGACGCUGCCAAGGCGUUUUUCAGCAGAUCUCAAAGCAUUCAUUUUACAGAUGGGAAGCUGAGGCAUGGGUGAGCCAUGAGCGUGCCAGUGUGGCCCAGGGAGCUAAGGGAAAAGCAGGGGACGGUGCCUGGGCUCCCGAGUGCUGGGGCUGUGUCCUGCUCCAGCAGCAGACCCACUCGCCUUGGGUGACGGCUUGUCCUUUCAGCCACAUGCACUUAUAGGCCGUAAACCCUGUACCGUAAUCGAAAUAAAAAUAAUUUGACAUGAAAAGAAUGGUUUCUUCACGCCAUUAGGGGUAUUUAGGGCAGGCAGGAGGUGUUCAGGCAGAAGGGGUGUGAGCUACUCCUGGAAGCAAUUACACAGCCAUG